AUGGCCUCUCUAGACAACCUCAAAGUCUCUGAAGGAGAAGACGGUAGCCUCCUAAAAGAAGAAAUCCAAAGACUAGUCGACACAGCAGGCUGGCAACUACAGAACGGCGAUGAAAUUCAGAAGACAUACCAUUGUCGAACCUGGACGAAGAUCAGCGACUUCUUCACGGGCGUAGCAACAAAAUGCAAAGAGGUGAACCAUCACCCGAGAGUGAUUUUGGAUUAUAACUCCAUCACCUUCUUCUGGAAAACUCAUUCCCCUCCUGGCCUCUCCCAGAAGGAUGUUCGUAUGGCUGAUUUUUGUGAUGCUUGGGCUAAGGUCGUUAAGACUGUUCCUGCUGAAAGUGCGCCAACUUGCUCUGAUGCAUAA